AUGAGUCAAUUUCAAUUGUUUCCGCCUCCUUCGCCUGAGGUUAGAGCACAAAGAAAUCCAUUUCGAAAAGGUGCCAAAAAGCCUGUUCCGAAGAAUGAACCGCCAUCUCCCAUUCCGCUUGAGGAGAUCAAGAGCUCAAGCAAUACCGAGUCGGUAUUGCUUCAAAUUAUCGAAGACACUCAACAAUUUCCACCUCCACCGGCUUUACCUGCUACAAACUUCGCACGAUCAAAGUCACCAGCCACGCAAUCUUCCCAACGCUCGAGAUCUCCGCAGUCUCCUCGCAACCGACGGCAUCAAAACACCAGUCCGAUGAGCCAUCGGCCCUUGCCCUCACAAGGCAGCGCCGGCGAUAGUAGUAGCAACAAUGAUCAGAAUACGAAUUCAACUACCUCACCUCAAUCUUCCCAAUCUUCCGUUUCUCCCCUGCCGAUGAGGUCGAUGUUCCCUCGUUUUGAUCCAAAGACCUCGCUCAACACACAAAAUAAUGAUUCACAAAUGCCUACCGAAGCCCCCAAGCCCAAGCGUAAUCGCAGGCCAAACCUCACACUAACUACAACUUCUGAUAUCGACCAUGUUCUUGGGCCAAAGACUGUCCCUGCAAGCGUGUUCAACUUUCCAACUGGUGCCUUGGAGCCAGAGGAGAUCCGAUACUCCUCUGUCCAGGAAUUGGAAAUGCUUUGGGAAGCAGCCAACGGUCAAAGACCACGGAACCCGUGCGGUACAGUCAACCUUCGCUUGACAAGAACCGGCCCAGCGACAUUCACGUUCGGGAACUCUAGCCAACCAUUUUAUUCGCUGCAAACUUAUUCGAAUAACGAAAUAGCUAUUUCUCGUGGAGCGCCAUCAAAUCCAGAAAGUGAUAUCCCAAUCAUGGGUCUGAGUCUCGAAGAGCGCCGACGCAGAGAGCAUCCCAACGACGGACUCGUGGCCCUUCUCUUUUCCAGACUAGCUGCUAUGCUUGCCAUCGAGCAAGCAGCUGAAGUCAGCAAAGAGCAUCAACUUACCCCCUCCGAGGCUGGUGAAAUAGAGAGAAAUGCCCUUAAGCGAGCUGCCGCACAGGAGUCCUGUCGACUGUCCUGGAAUCGUAAUUUACGCCUUUACGAGCUUCGUCACCCAUCACUGUCGAAACGCCAACCGCCGGCUUUGGUUGGAGCUGCGGGCAUUCCUCUCUCCCCUGUACGAUCUCAGUCUUCGGGUAUGCUUCAUAUCGCUGUAUCUGCGCCUUCGAGCGACGCAGUACUUACCCAACCGCCAACUAUCAUUGUCACUGGACCGGUCUCCAUGGAGGCUGCGCAACAGGCUGCUACGGCACGAACAUCCAUACUGCCCGUUACCGACUCCGACGAACCGCUGGCGGCUCUUGAUCUGGCAACCCGAACUCUUUCUAUCUCCCCAGCUGCAGUCAUCGCGACUAUUCCCUCGCUCUAUGCGAUCGAUUCACUCGUCGCGGCAAUGCUUGCAGUCGCUGUCUCUGACGAGAUCACCAAUCCCAUUCUUGCCGACAUGGAGAUUGGUAGUACCCACCACUCAUUUGAGUCAUCUAUGAACAGUGAGCCGAUGGUUGGAGUGCCUUACCGCGGGAGACUCGUCACGACUCUUGCCGAGCGCGAAGACUACGCAGAGAGUCUACAUCUAGCAUCUCAAAUUGAAGAUGCCAAUGCAAAGGCCGAAGCCGCGGCGAAGCGGAAGAGCCUCUUCAAGUUCUGGGAACGAAUUAAGCCGAGUUCCUCGUCAUCUGUUGACGGACGCACGGCCAAGAAAGGCAAGAAUAAAGACCAGCAGGUUGUUGUUGAAGAAUUCGAUCUCGAAAAAUACGGUCGGUAUGGCCCUGAAUCUUCUCGUAAAGGCGAGAAAAUGCCAGGGAUUACUCGGACCAUCCUGAAACUUCUGUUUUGGGGAUUGGAGUUAUUCGUCAAGGGGUUGACACUUGCCGUUAAGCUCUUGGCAUGGCUGCUGGUGAGGGCGACGCGCUGUGUGACAAGCGAGAAGUUCUGA